CGAGGGUAUUCCCCACACUCCUCUACACACUCAUCUCUCGCAUCCCCAUGUUCAGUCAGAGCACCCCAUUGGCCACUCACAGAAGUGUAAGAAAUCCGACUGUGUGAUGAAAGAAAGAUUUUGUUGUGUGUGUUUUUGUGUGCCCUUUUUUAAAAACAAGAGUAUAUAAAUUACAUUAAUAAACAAAAGAAAGUGAUGUGCACUGUGCUGCACUCAAACUCUCUUCUGUUCAGUUCUGAUUUCUUUUUCUGAUAAACAUAUAAUCAGAUUCCAGUAAUCAGAGGUUUCAGACACACGAGUUUUUGCCUACUUACUAGUUACUACUAGUCUAAACUACACAACUUCACACACACACACAGGGCUGAAUUUGAUCAUUACUCAUUAGGCUACCGUCGGAGGAGGUGGCGUACGUGACUGAAUGUGUGAGUGCGUGUUUCCUUUUGUAUAAACUGUAUGUAUAUUUAUAUACGUAUAUGUAACUUGUUUGUAUUUUGUAAAUGUUUUUUGCUCAGACUUAUGCCUAUAGCUUUAUCGAAUGAUGCUAUAGAAGGAAAAUAUUACUAAUUCCGUCUCAUAAUUAUUAUUUUAUAUUUUUAUUUUCAAUUUAAAUUAUGAAAUCUCAAAGUAAACUAUAAUUUUGAAAGAAGCAGAUAUAGUUGUAGUAGAGGUCAUAGUUGUAUUGCAUCAUAUGAUAAUAGCCUUUCAUUUAAUCAUCACCGCAUCUAUUUUCCUGUUCAUUUCAUCCUCUCUCCUAUAACUUACAUCAUCAUUUUCCUCUUUUUUUUUGUUUUUUUUUUUCUGCCUUUGAAAACUCUCUUUUUCUUUUCUUUUCAGUUCUUGAGCUCCUUUUCUUUUUUGCUCCUUCCUGUUUAGUCGUAGUCAUGGCUGAAGGAAGGUUUUUUGAGCCUUACCAUGUCCCACAACAAAGCAGGAGAGAUAAGCUGAGAGUGAUUUCAUCUUCCUCCUCAUCCCACAACAACCAGUUCCCCCUCCAAAUUCAACCUUGUAAUUCUUCUGCUGGUUUAGUCUCUGUUUUCGAUCCUACCCUUAUUUCCUCAGAUUUGAUCACCUGUACUUCCGGGCCGGGUCUUCACCAUCAGAACCCGGAUGCUAAAGACGAAGGUUCGAAUCUCAUGGGGUAUAAUAAUAUCGGAGGCGGGUUAUUGAUCGGAGCAUCUUCUUCCUCUUCUUCAGCUACAACCAACCAGUUGUAUAUGGAUCCGGUUUCGUCUGUACAGUUAAACCCUAGUCCGAUUCAAGAUAUUAGUGUUGGUGGGAACGGCAACCCUUUUUAUUACAACCCUCAAACUCCAAGCAGCCUUAGAUUUCUCGAACAGUCUUUUCAUGGCGGAAAUGAAGUGAUGGUGUUUAGACCCGAACCUUUGUCUGUGGGUCAUCCUAAUAAUGAUCAUCACACUACUAACAAUAGUGGUUGUAAUAACAAUAAGUAUGGUGGUCAAGGUCUGUCUUUGUCCUUGUCUUCUUCUCAUCAUUCUCAGGUCCAGCAAACUAGUACUCUUCCUUUGGAGCUUAAUCUACACAGAUAUGAUUCUUCUUCAUUGUAUAACUCUAAGGUUAUUGGUGCCUUUCCCGGAAGUGGUAAUAAUGAUGGUUCUAAUUCGAAUGAGUUGUUGUGUUCGAGAAGUUCGGUCCCGUUAGGGCCUUUUACUGGCUAUGCUUCCAUCUUGAGAGGAUCCGGGUUCUUGAAGCCAGCUCAGCAGCUGUUGGAAGAAAUUUGCGACGUGGGUAGAGGGGUUUAUGCUGAGAAAAUGGUUGAAUUGACUGAUGAUUCGGUUUUCUUGGAUCCUUCAUUGGAAUGUUUUGACGGGAAUGAUGGUAAUUCCAGGAGUUGCAGAAAUGGAGUUGAGAAUGAGAACAGGAAGAAAAAAUCCAGGCUGAUUUCGAUGCUCAACGAGGUUUAUAAGAGGUACAAGCAGUAUUACCAGCAGAUGCAGGCUGUUAUUUCAUCAUUUGAAUCUGUUCCUGGAGUUAGAAAUGCAGCACCUUUUGCAAGCUUGGCUUUGAAAGCAAUGUCCAAACAUUUUAGGUGCUUAAAAGAGGCCAUCACUGAGCAGCUUCACUUGAUGAUUGAAUCACGAGGCCACAUUCCGAAUGACAAGGAUAGAGCUCCUCCAGGAUUUGAGAAUUCUGGGUCGGGCAGUCAUUACCCUAGGGCAGCCCAGAACUCUGGUGUUAUGGAGCAUCAUCAACCUGUCUGGCGACCUCAACGAGGGCUUCCGGAGCGUGCUGUGGCAGUUCUUCGGUCAUGGUUGUUUGAACAUUUUUUGCACCCUUACCCGACAGACACUGAUAAAAUAUUGCUGGCCAAGCAGACGGGUCUCUCUAGGAACCAGGUACACACACAGCACACAGAACCAAGUGGCAUCUCUAGUUUUUCCUUGUUUAUUCAUUUUGUAUUCAUCGAAUUUUCAUGUUAAGUUUCAUGCAUUGUGCACUGGUCAGGUCUCCAAUUGGUUUAUCAAUGCGAGGGUGAGGCUGUGGAAGCCUAUGGUUGAAGAGAUACACAUGCUUGAAACUCGACAAGCUGAUAAGGGUUCGCAAAGAGGCCAGGUGGAAAAAGCUGGUAGUGAAGGACAACAACAAAAUGAUCAUCAUCGAAACGCUUCAAGUUCAAGUGUUCCAAUCACUAGUGAAAAUGCAUCUACGUUAACAAAAAGAUGUCGAGAUCAGCUUGGAUCCAAGAGAACCCACAAUGAGUUGGCCAUGAUCUCUUCUGGGAAUGAGAAUGUUAUGAAUCUUUGUUACCAAAGUUCAUCACCGAGCUUUGUCACCAAAGCAGGUGGCAGUGGAGGUGUUUCCUUAACGCUCGGUCUCUUUCAAAAUAAUAACAAUAAUAACAACUUGGGGUUGCCCGAUCCCUACCCGAUGAAUGCAGCGAGGCGGUUUGGCCUAGAGGGAAGUGGAGAAGGAUAUGCAGCAGGUGGCGGCGUCAUUUCCCAAAACCGGCAAUUUGGAAGGGAAAUAGUGGGAGGCCAACUGUUGCAUGAUUUUGUGGGAUGAACUGAAUUUACUCAUGAAGAGGGAGUUGUAAAUUAUUAGCUGGGGGGUGUUGUAAGCAAAGCAAAAUUUGCUAGAAAAAAUUAGAUUACAAUAUUAACUAGUUCUUGUAAAACAUUUGAAUUUUGGGAAUCAAUUUUGUAGUAAAUCCAAUGAUUUGCUCUAUUUGGUGCAGAGAGGCGCGUGCAUAAAUAUAUCAAAAAAGUUUUACGCGUUAGCAUUUUCAUUGUGGAGGAAGAGAUUCGAACACCCGAUACUAAUAAAGUAUGGACAAUUUCGUUUAACGCGGCCAGUAAACUCUUCGUUUUGCAACAAUUUGGUGUAGCACCUGUGCUCAGUUUCCCUCCAUUGAGAAAGACUGUCGUGACUUGUGACUUUUGAGGUUU